UUAGGAGAAAGAGAGACAUACACGGAGAAGAAGAAGAAGAUGGAAGACACGAAACCUGCAUCAUCGAGAUUCAAAAGGAUUUGUGUUUUCUGCGGCAGCCAAUCCGGCAAGAAGUCUUCUUAUCAAGACGCCGCCGUUCAGUUGGGCAAAGAACUCGUGGAGAGAAGGAUUGAUUUGGUGUAUGGAGGUGGAAACAUGGGAUUGAUGGGUCUUGUUUCUCAGGCUGUUCAUGACGGUGGGCGCCAUGUUUUAGGAAUUAUUCCAAGGGCCCUAAUGCCAAGAGAGCUCACUGGUCAGACUGUUGGGGAAGCUAGAACUGUAUCUAAUAUGCACCAACGGAAAGCCGAGAUGGCUAGGCAAGCCGAUGCCUUCAUUGCCUUACCUGGUGGGUAUGGCACUCUCGAGGAACUCUUGGAAGUCAUAACAUGGGCUCAGCUUGGAAUCCACCAUAAACCUGUGGGUCUGUUGAAUGUGGAUGGCUACUACAAUUCUUUGCUGACUUUCAUUGACAAGGCCGUUGAUGAAGGCUUUGUAUCGCCCACUGCACGUCGGAUUAUCGUCUCCGCACCAACAGCCAAACAAUUGGUCAGACAACUUGAGGAAUAUGUUCCAGAGUAUGAUGAAGUAGCAUCAAAGCUGGUGUGGGAGGAGAAGGAGAGCCUAAAAUAAAUAUGUGACUGAUUAGUAGAGGUUGCUACUCUUUUGGGGUAUAUGUAUAAUGUAUAGUCCAUGAUCUAAACACAGGAACUUUGGGGUAUUUUUCUUUCUUUUGGAAGGAGUAGGGCCAGAAUAGUAUGUCAAAAGUCUUGAUUGAUACUUGGAAGCAAAACAAAGGAGGAACAAACAAUUGUGUAGAAAUUAAGGUGUGAGUUACCAUACCCUUUUUUGUGUAGCUGUGAACAAAAUCAAUUGAAGCUCUCUAAUUUUGAUUAU